CUAUGUCGAUCCUCACAAGACUGCAGAUCUGCCAAGAAGCGCUGAAAGACAGAACGAUCGCAAAGUGACAAGAUCUCCCCAUGCUGCCAGACAACAUCCACAACGGUAUAAGACAACAAAAGCCAAAGCAACAGCAGAAAUAAGACGAGGAACAGAAGGAAACGUCUGCUGCAGUUGAACCAGGGAUUGCCAUUGGAUCACUUCCACUUUAUACCGGCACAUAGCGACUUGCUCUUGAGGAUAAUCAUAUGCGCAGACGCCGUUCUCUGGCCCAAAGUCGCGCGUGCAGAGUGGAGGUUGCGCUUGGAAGUGUACGAAACUUUUUUUGUUUGUUUGUUUGUUCUGUUUUGCCUGUGACGUUUUGAAAUUUGAUUUAUUAAACGUCGACUUCACGUUAUACUGUGGCGAAAUAAGGAGGACCGUAGUGUGGACUUUCCCCCGUUUCUUUAUUUAUUCUUAUUUUAUUUGGCUGUUAUUGUUAUUAUUUAUGUUAUUAUAUUUUCUGGAGGAGCUCUACCGUUCAAAAAGUUCAUUUUAGUGGAUUCGACGCAGGUGCUUCAGUCCUGAAAGGCAGAAUGGAAUUGUUACUUUGACCGACGAUAUCACACCGUUCAUUCAUAUUCAUAUUCAUAUUCCGCUAUUAAUUGUUUUGAGAGCCAGAGACUUUUCAGUGACGCUCGCCGCAACAAACCACUGGAAUUACAAUCAUGAACUUUGUUGUUUAUUCAAUACAAUUAUUUUUUGCGGCUCUUCUUCAUCUUUCUGCUGUCAAGGCUGCCCACAUACCCAAAGAAGGGGGGAAGAGCAAAAAUGAGGUGAUUCCCUUCAUGGUUGUGUAUAAAAAUAGUGCGUGUAAGACUCGAGAGAUGCUGGUAGACAUCAUUCAGGAAUAUCCUGACGAGAUCGAUCACACCUACAUCCCGUCCUGUGUGGUUCUCAUGCGCUGUGCAGGCUGCUGCAAUGACGAAGCACUCGAGUGUGUCCCUACAGAGACGCGCAACGUCACCAUGGAGGUACUGCGAGUCAAACAACGUGUAUCACAGCAUAAUUUUCAACUGAGUUUCACAGAACACACCAAGUGUGAAUGCAGGAAAAAAGAAGAAGUCAAAUCAAAGAAAGAAAACCACUGUGAGCCUUGCUCAGUGAGAAGAAAGCGCUUGUAUGUGCAGGACCCUCUCACCUGUAAAUGUUCCUGCAAAUUCACACAAUUGCAAUGCAAGGCCAGACAACUUGAGUUAAAUGAAAGAACUUGCAGAUGUGAAAAACCAAGAUGAUGAGCGGAGCACUGGGAAGAACACUAAAUGAAGGAUUUUUCUAUUUUUUAUUUUAUGGCACAGCACUUUUGAACCUGAGGAUGCAUUCCCUGUAUGAACUGUUAACACUACCCUGAACAAAAGACAGAAAAUGAGAUGAGGGCAGGAGAUAUCAUCCCAAUGUUUAUUUUUAAGAUUAUUAUUUUUUAAGUUUAAUAUAUAUAUAUUGACAACAUGUCGCUGCUAUCACCUACAAACAAGUAAAGGAAGACGCUGCUUGGCGUGUGAAUGGGAUAUAUUUCAGUGUCACUGCACCUGGGCCUGUGAUUGGAGAGCACACAGUGAGGUAAUGCUCCACUGGAUUGGCACGCUGUGGAUUCAUAUUUAAAGACUCGGUUCGAAUGUCGAAGACUUCACUGAGAGAUGCAAAAGACAACCUCCAACCAUUUAUAUGAACACUUACAGACUGUCAAUCAAAGUACAGGAAGUGACAUAAUAGUGAUUCUUUCUUGGUCCAGGCACAGGAUACAAAUGUGGAAUUAUCUCUUUCUGUGAUGUCACUCUUUCUAGGGUGAAGUCUUAGUCAAAAAGACACCUGUACUGAUUAACAUCCAAUAGGACUUGGUGUGAUAAUACUAAAGGGAUAUUACAUGUAUGUAUAUAUAGAAAUGUAAACAAAAUGCAAAUUCUGGAACAAACUAGUUCUGUUCACCGCAGUAGUAAAAGAAAAGUCAAAUAUUUAAUGUUCGUAAUGUUUUCCAAAGAGAAUACUGCACACAGCUUUUGGAGCUGUUAGUUACCACACAAUAUCUGUUUAUACAUAUCUACUGUAAUAUCCCUUUGUGUAGUUCACUACAUCUAAUUUAUAAUGUUAUAAUAUAUUCAGUAUUCUGUGUAUUUAAUUUGAUCUAUUUAUAUGCAGUGUUGAUGAUAUUGUUUCGCUUUUUUUUUUCCUAUCGACAUUGUCACCAAUCUGAAAAACUGUGGACGACUUUUAUGGAACAAAAGACAAUGAGAGACAAACACUUUAACAUUCCUGAAAGCGCCUUCUUUAGUUCAUAUGAACUUUUUGUAUCAGUGAUUAGUUUGGUGGAGACCCAAAACUUGCAGUUUUGUGAUCGAAAUACAAACGUUCUCUUUUUGUGAAAGUGCCAGAAAUUAGUUUUUGUUUGUUUGUUUGCCAUGUACACCCACAUUUUCAGUAUAUUUUCACAGUAAUAUAUUUAUUGGUGCUGUUAAAUAUUAACAACAUUUUGUGUUUUAGUAUAACUAUUAAACAUAUUUAUUUUCAAAUGAUAUUUUUUUUUAUUAAAGCAAAAAUGGA